AUGACCGUCACCAUCAAAUCACACCAACCGGUUAUGGAACAGUUAAAGGGCAGAACCUUGACUAUACCUGACCUUGUUGCCUUAGUCUACCCUGACUGGACGGUGAAGAAUCAUGAGAACGAGACGGAGAUCCGUGAGGAGAUGGAGAAUGACUUCCUCGAGCGAGAUAAAAGAUGGUAUCCCUACUCGACUAAGCGGGCCAAGCUGAAGAAAGGCAACUUCGCUCAACAGGCCGGGUUUUUCUGGAGUGGAUGCACUCAAGAAUAUGUUAAAAACACAAUUGAUUUUCUGAAAUGGAGCUUAGAGCCUGAAAAAUAUUUCCCAGAGCGAGAACCGUGCCCUGUGCCUGAUGCAGGUCACAAUUCAGGUUGCUUUGAAGACAUUGGCAAGUCUCUGCAGACUGGACAGUCAAAUGAUGCACUACGACGCUAUGCCGACGCAAUGUAUGAUUACGUACAGUCUGUCGGCGAGGUGCAAGACCGGCGCGAUGUCAGCCUCCCCAGCUGGGAAGAAUACAUUGAAAACAGAAUCUAUUCGGUUGGGGGUUAUCCAUGUCUGAUGGCAAUGGAUGUCAAUGAUAUCGUCUCACUUAAGAAGGAAGUUGCCAAUGGACAGAUUGACAGCACGAUUCCCUUGAAGAUGCACUAUAAUAAGAACCUCUCGGCCCAGGCGGCAUUGAAUGAUGCAGUCUAUGAUUUGCAACAAUCUCGGAUGCGUUUUGAUUUGGCUGAAAGCUCACUUGUGAAAAGUGGCCGGUAUACCCAGCUUGGUGAGACCACCAAAACAGAUAUUUCAGCUCUCAUCCAGGGAUGUAAGAAUAUGAUGCUGGGAAAUGUGAAAUGGUCGUGA